GACGAAUCCUUCCCUCCCGUCGGUUUCGAUCCGAGCUCCAACGUCACCUCAUAAGGCCGCUGAUAGUCAUGGCACCACGUCAUGGCCCUUCAGCUGCACUCGGCAUUUCACUUAAACUUACGCCACACCUCCAUAUAUGCCAGUGUCACGGCAACUAUUUUGAUCCCCCAAAAUACGCACUGCAGUGAAUAACAAGUUCCGCCGCCUUACUAUCCAGAACUCCCGAGCAUUGUGGCAGAUUCAGAACAUCAGACGAUGGGGAAACUUAGCAAACCCCGUGACGACCCCUUGGCAACCAUGACGCCCAACUACCGCAACGGACAGCAGCUCACAACCGCGGUAGCCGACGACCACGAGUACAACGACGACGGCAUGUCAGCCGCGGACACACAGGCCCUCCCGCCGCCGCCGUCGUACGAGGCGUCCGUGUCGCUGUCCACCUCGCAGCAGCAACAGCGACAACAGCAAAACACCCUGCCGCCCAUAUCACGUCACAGUGUCUCCUCAUUCUCCUCGGCCUCGUCCAGCCAGAGCGAAAACGAAAACACACCACUCCAAAACCUCCGCUCCUCCACCUCGGCCCAGCCAUCAACCACAUCCCACUCCUGGACACCAGCAGGACCAGCUGCUGCGCAAGGAGCAGGCUACAAAGCGCCACCGCCGAUGAACGCGACUGGCACGCCGAUAGCAGCCGAGGAAGCCGAGGCCGUCGCGGUGGCAGCAGCAGCAGCAGCGAAAGCACGCACCUUCUACAUGGCGCCGGCGACGCGGGCGGCGCUCGAGGCGGCGCCGGGGUGCUGCAUGAGCACGCGCGGCGGGUGCUGCUUCAGCGACAUGGGCGGAUGCUGUUUUAGUUCGAACUCGGGGUGCUGUUUCAGCAGCAAUGCCGGGUGUUUCUUCAGUGACAAUAUGGGCUGUUUCUGCAGUGACCAUGCGGGCUGCUUUUGGAGCGAUCACGGGGGGUGCUGUUUCUCCAAGGGCCAAGUGGCGGAGUAGGGUGGGUAAUUCGGGUUGGUUUGGGCAGGGGAGAGUGUUGUGGUGGUUGGUGUUGUGGUGGUUGGUGUUGUGGUGGUUGGUGUUGUGGUG